UGCCAUUCUUCUCCAAAACUCCACACUCCCUUCGAUCCAAAUCCCGCGACCAGCCGUCGUCCUCUCUCUUUAUACUGUGUCGGCGCUUUAACUCUUUCUUUCCCUCCAACCCCCCCAGUCGCACCCCUUUCCCUUCCCCGUGACUGUCUCUCUCUCUCUCUCUCACCAUAAAACCCACUCCCCGCUCACGAGAGAGCAGAGGAGGAACUCCGCCAUUGACGUCCCAAGAGAUGAAGCCCAUCCCCUCCAUCCUCUUCCCCCUCCUCCUCCUCAUCCUCGGCGCUGCUGCUCCCUCCUCCGCCUCCCACGACUACGCCGAGGCCCUCUCCAAGGCUAUCCUCUUCUUCGAGGGCCAGCGCUCGGGCUUCCUCCCCGGCGACCAGCGCCUCACCUGGAGGGCCAACUCCGCCCUCUCCGACGGAUGGACCUACAACACCGACCUCACCGGCGGUUACUAUGACGCCGGCGACAACGUCAAGUUCAACUUCCCCAUGGCCUUCACCACCACAUUGCUCGCAUGGAGCGUGAUCGAGUUCGGGGACCGAAUGCCCCCGGCCGAGCAGAGGAACGCACUCGUCGCCAUCCGGUGGGCCACCGAUUACCUCCUCAAGACCGUCUCGCAACCCAACCGGAUCUUCGUUCAGGUGGGUGAUCCGAACGUAGACCACAACUGCUGGGAGAGACCAGAGGAUAUGGACACAGCAAGGACAGUCUACGCGGUUGAUGCGCCGAAUCCCGCCUCUGAUGUCGCCGGAGAAACCGCUGCAGCCCUGGCUGCCUCGUCCAUGGCCUUCCAAUCAUCGGAUCCGGGAUACUCCGAAACUCUCCUGAGAAAUGCCAUCAAGGCGUUUGAGUUUGCAGAUACUUACAGGGGGGCUUACAGCGAUAACGAGAACAUCAGAGGCGGGGCUUGCCCGUUCUACUGCGAUUUUGACGGGUACCAGGAUGAGCUACUUUGGGGAGCAGCAUGGCUUAGGAGAGCAACCCAGGGAGAUACUUACCUGAAUUACAUACAGAGCAACCGGAAAACUUUAGGCGCCGAUGACAACAUUAAUGAGUUUGGCUGGGAUAACAAGCACGCCGGUCUCAAUGUCCUCGUAUCCAAGGAAUUCCUGGAAGGAAACAUGUACGAUCUGCAGUCCUACAAGGCCUCUGCAGACAGCUUCAUGUGCACCCUUAUCCCAGAAUCGACCUCCUCCCACAUAGAGUACAGUCCGGGCGGCCUCAUCUACAAGCCCGGUGGCAGCAACCUCCAGCACGCCACCACCAUCGCCUUCCUCCUCCUUGUCUACGCAGACUACCUCUCCCGUGUCCCACAGUCCUCCGUCAACUGCGGCGGCAUCUCGGUGGGGCCAGCCUCCCUUCGCCGGCAGGCCAAGCGCCAGGUAGACUACAUCCUCGGGGACAACCCCAAGGGCAUGUCCUACAUGGUCGGGUACGGGAACUACUACCCGCAGCGGAUCCACCACCGAGGAUCGUCCCUGCCAUCCAUCAGGGACCACCCCCAGUUCAUCGCCUGCAAGGAGGGUUCUGUCUACUUCAACUCCUCGGGCCCAAACCCGAACGUCCUGGUCGGGGCAGUGGUUGGUGGGCCCGGGGAGGACGAUGCAUACGACGACAACCGGGUCGAUUUCAGGAAGUCCGAGCCAACCACCUACAUCAAUGCUCCAUUGGUCGGGGCGCUCGCUUAUUUCACCGCAAAUCCGGAUCCGAGCUGACAAAUGACGAUAGUUACAAAGGCGCCUGCAAAGAGGAGGCCAUCAUAAUUAAUUGUUUUGGUACAUAAUAAAUAGGGGGAAAGGGGUGUCUCUCAUCUUGGGCUAGAAGUAAGCUGAAAGCCUAAGAAGGAAGAGGCUUUCGUUCAUGUUUGAUUCAAUAUCAGGACGUUGAAAUCAAAUACGUACUACAAUUUUAAUUGCCCCAAAAGAAACUCAUCGCGGCUUCUUUCAA